AUGUGGAAUGAAAUCGAUUGGUAUAAUCAAUUGAGUUGGCCACUGUGGCUUCGUGCAGGACUCAAUAUGACUAGAAACAACUCAAUGUUAUAUCAUGUUCAUCUCUAUCAACGUAUUGAUCCUCAAUCUAGAUCUCCCUAUAACUGGCCUUAUUGUCGAAAUGUUCAUCAAGAAGCUGGUGUUUAUUUACAGUUUAUUUAUGAUUACUAUUAUGAUUUACCGGAAAAAAUGCUAUUUAUUCAUGGAGAUCCAUUUGCUCAUUCGCCUCAUCCAAUUGAAGCAGCUUUAUGCAUACGUGACGAUGUUCAUUAUGCCAGUGUUAAUUCAUUUUGGAUACACAAUCGACCCUGGUCCGUAUAUGAUCGAGAUCCAAUUUCUUACGUAUCAUUUACGUAUCAGUGUGCAAGUCGGUUAUUAAAAUUACUAGGUUACAAUGCUGACCUUCAAUUGAAUCCUACUAAACUUGAUCCAAAAGAUGAUAGUCUCAUUUCAACAUAUUGCUGUGCUCAAUUUUACGUAACAAAACAACGUAUUCAUCACUAUACAUAUGAACAAUGGUCAAAAUUGUAUAAUGCUAGUCAUGAACCAUAUUGUAUCACCGAACGCGAAAAACCUGGUGAAGUUGGUUCGAAAUGGUUUGGAUGGGGUUUUGAACAUCUUUGGCAUGUUAUACUUGGACUUCAUCCAACUAAUAUGCCACCUUCGAUAAGUGGUACAAAUACUGAUCGAUGCCAUCUAUUUCGUUCGUCAUGCGAAGGAUCACUGUGUUAA